GCUUCCGCAAAUUCCCCGUCGCCCCAUUUUCCUCUCCACUGUAUAUAAGCAAUUAAAACCCUAUCCCUCCGCAAUCGCACCGACACCACUCCAUUCGAAACCCUCAGAGAGAGAGAGAGAGAGAGAGCGCGAAAGAGCGAGAAGGCGAUCUCUUUCAUGGCUCUCAUUGCCCUAGAACCCCGUCGCGCAUCGCCGCCGCUCGCCGCCGCCGCCGCGGGAGACUGCAAUGGUGCCCCCGUCGCGCGCCUCUAAGCCUCGCCGCCGCCGAUCCCUCGAAAUGCCGAACAUCCCGUCCCCGGCGCCGCUCCCGGCGCCGCCGCCGCCGCCGCAGGUUCCGCCGCCAACGCUCCCGGCUCCGCCACAUCUCGGUCUCCAGACGCCGCCGGAGAGCGAUCGCCGCGGCGGCGGCGGAGGCGGCGGCGGCGGAGGAGGAGGGGAGCUCCGGGCGCCCGAUUGUAACCUCGGGGCGCUGUGCGAGCACAUCCGGGCGGAGGGUUUCAACUCCGGCACGUUCUCCGACGUGGUGGUGGAGGCGAUGGGAUCGACGUACCGCCUCCACCGACUCAUCCUCUCGCGCAGCUCCUACUUCAGGAACAUGCUUCAUGGACCUUGGAAAGAGGCUGGCGCGCCUACUGUAGUCUUACAUAUUGAUGAUCUAAAUGUUAAUUCAGAGGCGAUUGCUAUGGCCUUGGCUUAUCUCUAUGGAUUCCAUCCCCAGCUCAAUGAUAAAAAUGCCUUCCGCGUCCUCGCUGCUGCUUCUUUUCUUGAUCUGCAGGACUUAUGCGCAAGCUGCACGGAUUUUAUCAUUUCAGAACUGCGUGCUUUGAACUUUUAUUCUUAUCAGGUGUUUGCAGAGAGCCAAGAUUAUGGCAUACAUGGAGAGCGGGUCAGAAAUGCUUGCUGGGGGUACCUUUGUCGAAGUGCCACAAUGGAACUGAGAGAGGUACUUCCCAAACUAUCCUCACAAACUCUACAUACCCUCCUUACAUCUGAUGAACUAUGGGUUCCUAAUGAGGAGAAAAGGUUUGAACUAGCGUUUUACACUCUACUUGCAAAAGAUGCUGCUGCUAAGGAAGAAAUUGCUGCAGAAGAAAGAUCAAAUUCUGAGGUGGACUCUAUUAUGCUAGAGUCAUCUUUACCAAAGAGAAAAACUAUAGUCCACAGCAGUACUGGCAAACAACUAGAAUCUGAAUUGGGACAAUUGAGCAUACUAGACAAUUUAAUCAAUAGAACUUCUCAGGACAAUUUGGUUGCGCUUGCAGAUUGCACAGUGGACUUCCACGCAGCUGGUUCUUGCACCGAACCAGUAUGGAGUGGUGUUGAAACUGCGAGAGUAAGAGAAAACGCCAGCACUGUGGAAGGUUCACCUGAAGAAAGCACAUUCUUUCAAUUAAAUAAUAAUAAUUACUGGCUCCCUGCAGAUCAGUCAAACAACUGCUCCUCGGCAAACCCUUCCAAUGGAGCAACAUCUAGUGAAUGGGGAAGGUGCAACAUGCCCUCGUGGGGCGGCAGGAUAGUGGGGAGGGGACAAUCUGACACUGCCAAGGCAAGCUCUUCCAUUCGUGGUGAUGGAUUUGAUGCCUUCAUGAAUGUCUUUGAAGGGGGCUCUCUUCUCUAUUGUAACAUGUCCUUUGAAGCUUUGCUAAAUGUCCGGAAGCAGCUAGAAGAAUUAGGGUUUCCUUGCAAAGCUGUCAAUGAUGGUCUUUGGCUUCAGAUGCUACUGUGUCAUAGGGUGCAAGCAAUAGGAGCUGAUACUUGCAGAAAUUGCUGUCUCAUGAGUAAUGCAUGCGCUUGUAGACAGGCAUACGGGUAUUCACAUGGUGGCAGUUCAAUGGGCUACUACAGACUGGAGCAUGAUCGAAGCAGUACUUCCAGCAACAUUGGCUCCAUAUACAUUCCGGAGGCCCAACAAGCUGAUGGAAGCGGCGCGGUUGGGCCAAUGCGGGUCCAUGUGAGGGGUGCGAUUGAUGUGCUUGCGGGCAUUGGGCGAGGAGGAACUGCAUAUGUGCCUGAUGGUUUGACUGCACUGGUUGGCCUUAGCCAAGGGAACAAUAUUGUGCAUGUUAACUCUGAGGAAACCGAAAUACCAGAUGCUCGUGUUGCGGUUAGGUUUACUGGUGCAGCAUCUGUUGCCAAUGCUAGUGGCACUUCAGUGCAGGUGACAGGACCUGGGGAUCAUGAUCUCGGAAAUGAUUGGGAAUGUUCAGAGGGUUCGUCCAUAUCCUUGGAUUUGAAGACACCAUUGCGCCAUUUCCCUCCUUUUCGCUUUGGGGUGGAGUUUGAAGAUGUGCACAGGCUUACUGACGGCCUAGUGAAGCACUCUCCAGAUGUAUUCUAUGCCGGUUCACUGUGGAAGGUGAGCGUCCAGGCAUUCAACGAUGAAGACCCACAGGGACGCCGCACGCUUGGAUUGUUUCUUCACAGGCGCAAGGCGGAGGUCUCUGAUCCUUUACGAAAGGUACAUAUGUACAUAGACUCGCGGGAGAAAGUGACAGCCCGGUAUCAGUUAAUUUGUCCAUCAAAGAGGGAAGUCCUUGUUUUCGGAAGCUUUAAGCAGGCGGGGACGCUCCUACCGAAGGCGCCCAAGGGGUGGGGCUGGCGCACCGCGUUCUUGUUCGACGAGCUCGCGGACCUCCUCCAAGGCGGAUCCUUGCGCAUCGCCGCCGUUGUGCAAUUAGUAUGAUUCUGAGCAGGUUACGACUUACGAGAAGGUGCUCCUCUUCCCAGCAUUAUUUACAACUCUAUAAUAAGCGUUCAGAUGUAUAUAUAGUGUAAUGGCAGAAGUUGCCGUUGCUGUCUCUAUUGGCAAUAUUUGCUAUUAUUACUUUUACCUCUCAUUAGGCAGGUCUAGUAGUAAAUCAGCUAUUAUUUUUAUCA